CUUCCAUCCAUCCAUCCUCACAAGUUCCAUUGUGUGAAUAAACUAAACAGCUGAUGCGACGAAAUCUGAUACCUGCCUCAUUGGGUAAUGGUUGUCCGCCCCAGCAAUACGCCAGAGCAACUAUAAUUGGGUUGAUGUGGCAUUUGUGCCCCGCAAAACGUAGCGUGCGAUAUCUGGGGAAAUGCCGUGAUUGGUCCGGCAGACACGUUCGUUUCAAGUGUCAAGCCCGUCGAUGAUCUACGCAAGAAUGAUGGCUGACAGAAGCAUGUUUCUCUGUUUUGGCGUCUGCGGCGCUGGGGGAUGCUUCCACGUUUGUUCACGGUUCCCCUUCUCCCGUGCGCCACCCUUUUUAUUCUCUAGAUAGCAUCAUUCAUCCAAACAACUCAAAAUGCUGCGCUGCAGGAUGCGGCGGACGCUGGCUGGUCCGUGCAAGAUGCUGGGGGCGAUGCAACGCUACACGCUAAGAGCGCCCAGGCCUAGAAUACCCUCUCCACCAAGACUUGUUUUCAUUACCAAUCGCCCAGAGGUCCUUAUGAUGCUCCAUUGUCAAUCACCGCUGCAUCAGGAAGCUGUCUUGUGUUGAUAACAUGGGCAUCGCGGGCUCGGUACUUGUGAAUGGAGGGGCCCAAAUGAGGUUUAUCUAAUAGUUCAUCACCAAGACAAAUCACGGUAAUUGCAAUCGUGUGUCUCAUCGGUCAUCUUGGCUGAAAACACGGCCACGCCAGUCUCUCGCUUAGCGCAGCUGGCCAAAGCCAAGAUUUGAGCCUAUUUUACGCCUGGGGAAUCUGCUUUAGCGGCACUCUACUUGCUAUAAGAGUCUCUAGCCCUCCCCCCCUACCGAUAGAGUGUGCUGCUGCCGCUGUGGGGGACAAGACAGCGCUAACUUGGUGUAAACUUUUGCCGGUGUGGUGGUGAAUGAAACGCGGAUAAGAAGCCUAUUCUUCCGGAUGGACCAGCGGUGAAGCGAGGCACGCUUAAAAAAACGCGUCAACAAUGCUCAAACAUCGCGUACCGCAAUCUGCGCAUCGUGCUACAUUUAUCAGAUUUUUAUAGUUUUCCACAGCCAUGGCCAGCGCCCCAGACGGCGUUUGUGUGCAUCGAGUUUCCCCAGACUUCCGCUUGGGGAUCUGGCGGGGUCGGCUCUUCGGUACCUCGGCUAAAUGUAGAUAGCCUUUGAUCUCUAGAUAUUUUAGAGCUGUAGAUGUCGUGUGUCGCUUUCCCAAGCUGCUUCCAUCUUUGUCGCAAACAGCAGCAUCUCCAACCCACCAGUAAAACAUGCCUCCUGAUCCCAAGCUCAACCUCGACGAGCGCAUUCCAUGGUCUGAGCCGGCCUGGUACACCUCGCUCAACUCGCCAUACUACAAUGAGUCGCAUCGCAAGCUGCGCAACAGAGUGCGCGCAUACAUCGACACCAAUGUGCUGCCCUACGCCAUGGAGUGGGAGGAAAAGGGCGAGGUUCCCAAGGCAGAGGCCAUCAAAUACUUGCAGUCGGGCUUCGCGCUCGAGGACAUCCCAGCCCAGUUCAAGCCCGCCAAUCUGCCCAGCUUGGUCGAGGGACAGGCGCCCGAUGCCUUCCACAUGCUUAUCCUGAUCGACGAGACAUCGCGCAUCGAAGGCGGCGUCAACAUUGGCCUCGCCGGCGCAAACUCCAUCGGUAUCCCUCCCAUCGUCAACUACGGAACCCCCGAGCAGCAGGCCAAGUGGCUGCCUGGCCUCUUUACCUUUGACACCAGCUUCUGUCUGGGCAUCACAGAACCCACUGGCGGCUCUGACGUCGCGAAUCUCCGAACCACUGCGGUGCGCUCCAAAGAUGGCAAGUCGUUUGUCGUCAACGGCGUUAAGAAAUGGAUUACCGGCUCGCCGUGGGCCACACACAUGACAACCGCCGUCCGCACGGGCGAGGACGGCCGCAAGGGCAUCUCCGUCCUGGUCAUCCCGCUCGACAGCCCCGGCAUCACAAUCACCAAAAUUCACAACAGCGGCCAAAAUGCCGGUGGUGCCUCGUUUGUCGACUUGGAAAACGUCACAGUGCCUGCAGCCAAUCUGAUUGGCCAGGAGAACCAAGGCUUCAACAUCAUCAUGCGCAACUUCAACCGCGAGCGCUUCCUGCUCGCCGUCCAGUGCAACCGCAAGACGCGAUCCUGCCUGGCAGCUUCGUUUUCCUACGCACUAACCCGCGAGACGUUCGGCAAGGCUCUGAUGCACAACCAGGCCAUCCGCAGCAAGCUGACAGAGAUGGCGCACCGUGUCGAGGCACACUGGGCGUGGCUGGAGCAGAUUGCCUACCAUGUGGGCACGUCGCCCGAGGGCUGGAACAGUCCCGAUAUCGCAAGCCGCAUUGCCCUGCUCAAGGUCCAAGGCGGCCAGAUGGUAGAGCUUGCGGCGCGAGAGGCCCAGCAGAUCUUUGGCGGCGCAGGAUAUCAAAAGAGCGGCCCGGGAGCCACGGUUGAGCAAAUCAGCCGCGAUCUCCGCAUGCUGGUUGUCGGAGGAGGCAGUGAGGAAAUCAUGUCCGACCUAGCCAUUCGCCAGGAGCUCAUGAUGGCGCAAAAGGCGGCCAAGCUGUAAUCACAAGCAAAUAAAAAGGAAACCAGUUGCACGAAAACAGGGCUCGCAUGUAUUAUAGAGCGUGCAGAUAUCUGCAAGUCAUUUUCAAUAAUCAACCCGUAAGGCUCCGUCCUGUGUAGUGACCCCUCUCCUCCUCGCACAUUGCAGCCUUGAUUUGGCCUUUGACCCUGUGUUUAUGCGAGCUUUGGUUAUGUUCGGCCAAUGACCGGCUGGUUUGCGUGAGUAUAAGACGCAUAUUGGCUCUUGCGUAGAAAAUGGGCUCCCGGAACGCCACAAUCAGCCGGAAUCCUGCAUGACCUGUUUUUGGCCACCUUCUUAAUUAAGCAGCGCAUGGCGUCUGCGUUUUCUGCAACCCUCUCUCAUUGCUUCUUCUCGCAAACGAAAUGUAUCCAAAAACUCUAUUUGCCUCCCCUCCCGCUUCAUCACGCCUCCAUCAGCCGAGGCACCCACCCUGUGAACGAACCUGUCCAUCUGCCGAUGCCACAUAGUCAGCCCAACAAAGCACAACAGCCCGCCACCCAUAAUAGGGUCUGGACUACACAAAGGCUUUCCCGUCAUUGUUCUGCUGUACAGAUGAGGUGUUAUUCAGCUCGUAAGCAGCCCACUUGCGCCAUCACCGCAAAAGCUGGGGUCGGACAAGAGCCUGCUGCUCGGCCGGAUGAGGCUUGCGGGCAUCUUCCCAAUCCAGCAAUCGCAGCCUCUCCGGCAGCCAAUAGUUUGGUGGAGAUGGCUCCAUAUCGUUGGCUUUUUGUGCCGGCACUUGUCCUUUGUUCGUAAGCUUCUCUCUCUUGCUCAUAUUCCCGUGAAAGCGGGCGCCCGAACGAUCCGCCUCUUUAGCAACGGCGGUCCAGCUCCUCCCGUGUAGUGUCCGUUGCGAGUACGCGGAUUCUGCUCGCAAAUGCCACACACUUGUUACCCCGCAAGAUUUCCCCAGAGGCAACCCUUGUAAACAAGGGAGCUAAUGCAGUUUAUGCGCAAGCUUGGCAUCCCCCCGCCUUUGCUGGGUUCGG